AUGGCCAAAAUAGCGCGAUGGAUCGAGCCGAAACCGGCAGUGAUGAAUGCCCACGACCGUAUACCGUUAUUGUUAGUACCAGUGAGCCAUCAGCCAGCGAUUGCAAUUCCAACACAGAUUAUUCCAGCUGGUUCUGUUUUCGUAGAUGCACAGAGCCUUCAAUCAAAUAUGCAUUCGAAUCGUGAAGGUGAACCAUUCACUAAAAUAAAUUAUUUGUUCAUGUUUCAAUAUAAGCCACGAUGUGUGGACCAAGUCUAUUGA